AUGCCACCCCGACCACGAAGGGCACCUUUCUUGUUCCCCACUCUACCGAGCACAUGGUAUAUCGGUUGAGUUUCCCGUUCUUUUCUCUUCGCUCCGCUCUGUCCCCCACAUCAGUCGUAACUCACAAUGCAAAGUCUCCCUUCCCCUGCCUUCCUCCACUCCCCUCUGCUCCCCCACAGGCCACAUGUCCCGAGCGCUUAAAGAGAUGCAGCUCAUGAUUCAGAAACAAAAAGUCGACCUCGUCAUCGAAGCCCGCGACGCCCGGAUGCCCCUGACCUCGAUCAACCCCGCUUUCGAACACUUGCUCAAUAUCCCAGGAGCGAGCGCGUUCGCGAAACGGUUGAUUAUUUAUAACAAAGCGGAUUUGGCACAGCCCGAGUUUCACGAGGUGAGACUGGGUCCCCAGUUUGGGCUGAGUGGUGUUGUAGGCUCACACCGGUCGAGUUCGCGAAAUGCACCCUAAAAUUUUUCUUCUAGCCUAUCAUCAAAGCCCUAUUAAAGCAAACAGGCCACACCGUACUCUUCACCGACUCCAGAUCGGACGCUUCGAUCAAACAUCUCAUGCGAGCAGCGAUCAGUACGUUCGCGUGCAUUGUAGCUCCCUCGGCGACGCUGCUGAGACUGACUUUCAGACUUUCGGUCCUUUCUCAGAACUCGCCGAUCGCCCCUUGGAGGGGCCCGAGGAUCGCAUCUCGAUGCUCAUCGCUGGGAUGCCCAAUACGGGCAAAUCAUCCAUUCUCAAUGCACUUCGACGCGUAGGGGUAGGUAAAGGUGAGGCUGCGCUACCGAAGAUUAGUGCCGUCGCUCCCUCCUCACUGACUCGAAUCGUCCUUCUCUCCAAUUCCUCAGGCAAAGCCGCCUCCGUAUCCUCCGCCCCAGGACACACCCGUCGUCUCUCAACCUUCAUCAAAAUAUCCCUCAAUCCACCCGUAUAUAUCCACGACACACCCGGGAUCAUGGUCCCUUUCUUCGGGAAAGGAACGAAAGGGGACGAGAUGGCGCUCAAGUUAGCUUUGACGGGGGGUAUUAAAGAGAGUUUGUUUGAGAGUGAGACGAUCGGGGAUUAUCUGGUCUGGAGGUUGAAAGCUAGGUGUGAGGAGGAAGUGGGGGGUUAUACCAAAGGUUCGUUAUGAUCGGGAUCGAGGGCGUUCUCAGGCGGGAGGGGUUUCAUCCUCUCAGGCGCCGCUUCUCAUUCUCACUUUCCAUUGUUUUCGGAUAGACGACCUCAUGAAAGCCCUGCACCUCCCCCUUACCACCACCCUCGACUCCAGCACCGACUUCCUUAUCGCCCUAGCCGAUCGACUCAAAGCCGUUCGAAAAGGUGGGGAGCCCGAUCUUGAAUUCGCGGGCAGGUGGCUGUUGUUGGCGUUUAGGGAGGGCAAGUUGGGCAGAUGGACUUUGGAUGGGUUGGGCAGGGGUGGGGAAGCCGUCGACUUGGUCAAAGAAGCGGAAAUCGCGGCAGCUGCGGAAGCUACUGGAGGUUCGGGAUUGACACCGGCGGUGAAGGGUGAGGAGGGGGACAUCCCCAAAGCGGAAGAACCGAUCCAAGCGAUGAUCGAUCGCGUGAUUGCCCAACACCUCGCCAGUAUCAAAGCGAUGGACCUCUCGGGACAUCAAGAGAAGAAACAACUGAAGGCCGAUCAAGCCAAAUUGCGGUUGGUCAAAAGGGAGGCGUUGCAGAUCGUUCAACCCAAGGCUAGUGUCGGGCCGAGAGGGGCUGGGAUCCAGAGUUCGCGGAGGAGGAAGUACCGCAGGCAUUAG